CGCAUUUCCGGUGACUGCGCAACUUCCGGCCAGGAGCGUGAGCGUGUGGGAGAGAUGGUGCUGCUGGAGAGUGACUCUUUCCUGACUGAGUUGACUCGGCUUUUCCAGAAAUGCCGAACCACUGGAAGUAUAUACCUUACCAUGAAGAAAUAUGAUGGUCGGACAAAGCCAGUCCCACGGAAAGGACACCCUGACACCUUUGAACCUGCUGACAAUAAAUGUCUACUGAGGGCAACUGAUGGGAAGAAGAAGAUCAGCACAGUGAUAAGCUCAAAGGAAGUGAACAGGUUUCAGAUGGCAUACUCAAACCUGCUACGGGCACACAUGGACGGCUUGAAAAAGAAAGACAAGAGAAGCAAAAGUAAGAAGACCAAGGCCACCCAGUGACUCAACUGUUGUCAUGGCAAUGGUGGGCUAGCUUCCUGCUUCUGUUGAAGGAGACAGCUUUGGCUAUUCCCACACCUAAGGCCCGGUUGGCUGCAAUCAACUUCAGUUUCUUUGUUUUAGUUUUUGAAUCGACAUCAAUCGCAUGGAGAUGUGGAGGAACUGGGAAUGGCGGUGAGAGGAGAGGAAAAGAAACUCAUUUCUGCAGAGACUUCAGUGGAAAUGCAUCUUGCCCACAGAAGUGUCUGAUAGCUGUAUCUGUGGUAGCAAGUCAUCUUCUUCAGGUUUUGGCUGAUUUAUUGCAAAGUGUUGCAGGACAUGACCCAAAAACAACCGUUACUAGGAUUUUUCAGGUUUUCCAUCAGUGCGUCCUGAAAGUUUAGGAUAUAUUUCUCCCAUCUCUUAGUGUUUUAUUUUUAAAUAUCUAUCAGUGAUAUGGACUGGAUUUCAUUGGAUAAUUUGACUCUUAUUACAAUUGAUAAUUUUGUGCCCAUUCAGCUUGUCCCUGGCCACAAACCUGGAACUCUUUGCAAUCUUGGUCAUUCCAGCAGCUGCUGAGGAGAUCUCUGCCUAUUCCGUAAUGAAACCAAAGCCCUUUGUGAAAUGAAUCACUGGGGGGAGUGUCACUGCCUUUAAUGAGCUACCAGAGGCUGCUACAAUUACAUUUCAAGGCAUCUGUGAAGACAGGAUCAUCCUCUUCCUUUCCCAGUUCGUCACAAAGAAAACUGAUGUUCUACAUAGUGUUUACUGAAAUCAGAGAAAGAUGCAUCUUUUGGCCAAACAUAUGAAAGCAGCAGCAAGGCCUAUCUUUUACUGAUCACUGACCAGCUGGAGCUGAUUUUUGUUUCCAACGUGGAUUAUUUGUUGAUUGUUGCAGAGCUGUGUGUAAAACUACAAUAAAUUGCAAAACAAAAA